AUGGCUUCAGAAAACCGUACCCGUAUCCAGCAGAACGACCUUCUUCUUCAUGAGGCGGUGAUCAAGAACGAACCAGCAGCCGUUCGAGAAGCACUGGAGCGGCCGACCGAUGUCAACUGUAGGAACAAUUAUGGAAGGGCGCCGAUCCACUGGGCUGCCAGCAGAGGAAACGUCGAAAUUAUAAACUUGCUCAUAGAAUCCAAGUGUGAUAUAGAGGCUGCGGAUAAGUUCGGAAUGCGACCGUUGUUGAUGGCGGCGUGGCAUGGCCACCUAGAUGCCGUGAAAACCCUGGUGGCAGCCGGAGCCUGUCUUGCCGCUACUAAUAAAAAGCAAAAUGACCUACUCCAAUGCGCGUGUUCCCGGGGCUCAUUGGAUGUGGCAGAGUAUGCCAUAUCUCUGGGGGCUAAGGUUCAAACUUCUGAUGCAGCAGGCGACGCACCACUUGCAUUGGCAUCAAGGGCUGGACACACUGCAUUAGUGGAGUUAUUGCUACAAAAGGGUGCUUAUAUUGAUGCCGUCAAUAAGGUAGGUCGCACAGCCCUGCACGUGUCUUGCGAAGGUGGUCACUCUUCCACUGCUGCAUUCCUAAUCAACAAAGGCGCUUCCAAAGAGGCUCGAGACAACUCAGGACGAACUCCUUUACACCUGGCAGCCGUACAUCGACACACAGAACUCGUGAGAGUGCUGCUAGAUGCCGAAUGUCAUGUGGACGCGGUAGACAAUAAUGGUGUGACUGCAUUGCAAAUGGCGUGCGCCCAAGGCUGUCGUGGUAUUGUGGAACAUCUGCUCGCGUUUGGCGCGAAUGUCCAUAUGCAAAACAACGUUGGAUCGUCAGCACUUCAUGCUGCCUGUGCUGCUGACGCUACGGACAUCGUUGAACUGCUUCUAGCUCACGGAGCUGACCCAGCGCUUACUGAUCAGUGGUCGCAAUCCCCGGUGAGCGUGGCUGGUGGGGCGGCGGAAGGUCCCCCUGAGGGUUUCCGAAGAGCAGCGAGAGGCUCAUUCUCCGCCAUCCUGGACCUGCUGACUGCCACUGCCAACUUGGAGAUACCACACCAGGAAUCUGACGGCUCAGCGUCGCCGCGUGCUGAUGACAGGUCCAGGGGCCACUCUCCCGCCCCCAGUGAAGGCGUGGAGCACAACAAUGAGAGGUGAUGGUCGGCCAGCACUCUCCUCGACCGGCUGGCUCAGCGAGGCUUCGCGGCCGACACCAGGCUUGCACUGCCACCCACAGGUUGUGCCCGCUACCGCGAGCUAUGCUACCGCGCGGCGCACGCGCACGUGCCGGAGGACGCGGCGCCGCGGCCGUGCGACUGCGCCAACUGCUCGGCGCGGCGCCACUCCGCCAACGCGCCAUGAGACUGGGCCGCCGUGGCCACUACCGCAGCCCUCACAAGGCCAAUACCUGCGCUGCCUACACACCUAGCCCGCCGAAAUUGAGUGGCUCACGGCCUGUAUUUUAGCCUCGUGUUUUGCCAAUACUUGAUGCAUUUUCAAUAUUCGGUGUUUCUUAAAAUAAUUUCGAUUUUUCAGUCUUUCUGGAUGUGAUAACAAAUUUAGCUGUUUCCAUAUUAUGCUCAAAUAACAUUAUUUGGAAUUUCCAAUCAACUUUUUAUGUAAUAUAUGUGUGAUGUUUAUUUUAUAAGUUCCAUAUCCCCAUUGUACCUGCUAUGUCCUAAAUUUGAUGUUCAUAUCAUAAUGAUAAAAAGCUAUUUUACCUUUGCCUAUUUCAAGCCAUUUAAACACUCAAAAAUGUCUGCUCUCUGACUAGAUGUCACUGCUGCUUAGAUGUAAUUAAUUCGAUAUGAGGCCUUCCAAUACAAAGGAACAAAUAAGUCAAUUCCAAGUAAGCAGUUAGCAUCAUCUGUUGUAAAUAUUCGCUUCUAUCCUAGUGCCUUACCCGAUCCGCUUGUCGAUUUCAAUCAUUCAUUACAUUAUCCACUAUAUUCUGCACUAUUAUUGAAUUCAUGCAAUGUAGGAUUAUAUUCCAUACAUUAAAAAAUGUGCACAUCCAAAAUCGCUUUUGUAAUUAAGGAAAGAAACGCAUCGCAAGCGUUAAUAUUAAAUACAAAGGUAAAUUAAUGUAAUUAUGUAAAAAAUGUCUGUCCAUCGGUGAUAAGAUUAAAAUGACCUAGUGUAAGCUUUGUAAUAAAAUAAUGUGGAAAUUAAAUUUACACAGUUUAUUUAGACGAUUCUCUACAUAAGAAUUUCCGUAACACUAAUUUAUUAUAAAGAACACGUUUAAUAUAAAAAUCUAAGCCAAAAUAUUAACUUAGUUGUAAUGUGUAGGUGGCUAUCAUUAUCUCUAUGGUCCAGAAUAUUGAACUGCUAAACUAUAAUUAAAAUUCAUGUGUGCUAAAAGUAUCAUGACCUCUUAAUUUUAGAGCCUAAUAUUAAUAUUAGAUAUAUCUAGAUGUAAUUUCUAAAUUAAAAUCAUCUGACCUAAUGUAAUACCUGUCCAUCGGCGUAACUUUAAACGAUUUAUAAUAAUUAUAAUAAUGUACAUUAACUUCUAUUUUAUAUUACAUCGUUAAAAAUUAUAAACAUUAAUUUUAAUUACAUACAUUUUUAACUUCUGAUCUAUUUUCGAUUGUACUUACCCGAUGUCAUUAAAUUUUAAUCGUACAUUAUUUAAAUAUUAUUAACAAGGCCUACCUACUCGAGUUAUAAAAUGUAAUUUAAAAUGAUUCAAAAAUAAAAAAAUAUGAUUAUUAUAAAAA